ACAGAAGACUUACCGAGGGCAAGUCGCGCACAGGAUUUUUCCAUCAAUUUUAUGUUGGCUUUCAUAAUUCAUGCAUCAGAGGGUGGAAAUUAAGCAGGAAGAGCAGCAUUAGCUGUGUCCAGCCACGUAACCAUGGAGAAUGAGGAGCCCGUCACUGAUGGACAUCAGGGGGUCAGCAAAGGACUACCUUAUCGAGGACCACAGACACACAGACCAGUGUCUCCAGUGCCCAGCUGUGUGUCCAUGAGGAGUGACUGGUCCAUGGAUCGGCCUCCCCUUUUCAGCAGUGGACCACCACAGUCUGAUCCAAAACCACAGACACACAGACCAGUGUCUCCAGUGCCCAGUUGUGUGUCUAUGAAGAGUGUCUGGUCCAUGGAUCGGCCUCCCCUUUUCAGCAGUGGACCACCACAGUCUGAUCCAAAACCACAGACACACAGACCAGUGUCUCCAGUGCCCAGCUGUGUGUCCAUAAAGAGCGACUGGUCCAUGGAUCUGCCUCCCCUUUUCAGCAGUGGACCACCACAGUCUUAUCCAAAUGGAUUUAGGAAUACCCUGACCCAGGAUCAGUCCAGGUGUGGAGUGUGUGAGCAGCUGCUGAGGGACCCAGUCAUCACCAGCUGUGGACACCAUUUCUGCAGGCAGUGCAUCAGCAGCUACUGGAGCCAGUCUGGUCCAUCAGGAGACUACAGCUGCCCCCAGUGCAGAAAGAGACCCAGGACACAACCUGUUAUAAACCCAGACACAACUAUGGCACAGUCGCUGUUAUACCCACCUAUAGCCAUGGCACAGCCUCACCUAUACCCACCUACUAUGACACAACCUCACCUAUACCCACCUACAAUUGUGGCACAACCUCACCUAAACCCAUCUACAGCCAUGACGCUAUCUCACCUAUGCCCACCUUCAGACAUGGCACAACCUUUGUCAUACCAACACAGUGAAAUGGCACUUCAUCUGAACCCAUCUGCUAACAUGCCACAAGUUCCUCCAUCCCCACACACAGACACGGGUCAGCCUCCUCAGUACUCAAACUCAGCCAUGGGGCAGCAUAAUCAUCCACACAUCCAGCACCCUCUUUAUCCACACAUCCACGCGGCACAGAUCUCUUCACAGCCUCCUUUAGAUGAGCACACAGUCAUGAGAGGCAGCACUCAUCUGCAAACUGAGCAUGCUCCAGUCAAAAGGGCCAAACUAACAGAUGACUGUGUCCUGAACAAAGUGCUGAAGACCCAUAAAGUUAAUAUGAAGAGGAGGUUUGAGAGCAUAUGUGAAGGCAUCAUAAGGUCAGGGACUCAAACACUCCUGAACAAGAUCUACACAGAGCUCUACAUCACAGAGGGAGAGAGUGAAGAUGUGAAUAAUGAGCAUGAGGUUUGGCAGGUAGAGUCAGCAUCCAGGUCACAAAAAACAGAAGAUACAGCAAUCAGCUGCAAUGAUAUUUUCAAUCCCCUACCUGGACAGGAGAGACACAUCAGAAUGGUCAUGACCAAGGGGAUUGCUGGCAUUGGAAAAACUGUCUCAGUGCAGAAGUUCAUCCUUGACUGGGCAGAGGAGAGAGCUAACCAGGAUAUAGAUUUCAUGUUUGUGCUUCCGUUCCGUGAGCUGAAUUUGGUCCAACAUGAUCAGUACAGUCUUCACAGGCUCCUGCUUGACUUCCACCCUGAGCUCAGGGAGCUACAGGAUGGUGAAUACAAAGACUGCAACAUUGUGUUCAUCUUUGAUGGUCUGGAUGAGAGUCGACUUCCACUGAAUUUCCAAGAGAAUCAGAGGUUGUCUGAUGUAGCACAAACAUCAUCAGUGGAUAUGCUGAUGACGAGCCUCAUUCAAGGAACUCUGCUUCCCUCUGCUCUCAUCUGGAUAACCUCCCGACCAGCAGCAACCAAUCAGAUCCCUUCUCAGUGCAUCAGUCAGGUCACAGAAGUACGAGGAUUCAAUGACCCACAGAAGGAGGAGUACUUCAGGAAGAGAGUCAGUGACCAGAAUCAAGCCAACAGAAUCAUCUCACACAUUAAGGCAUCUAGGAGUCUCCACAUCAUGUGCCACAUGCCAGUCUUCUGUUGGAUCUCAGCCACUGUCCUUCAGCAGAUACUGGAACAAGAUGAUGGGAAGGAAGCCCCCAAAACUCUGACUGAGAUGUUCAUACACUUCCUGCUCAUCCAGACCACCAGGAAGGGCCAGAAAUAUCAAGAAGAAAGUGAGACAGAUAGACAGAGGCUCCUGGAAUCACAUAAGGGUGUGAUAUUGAAACUGGCAGAGCUGGCUUUCAAGCAUCUAGAGAAUGGCAACCUCAUGUUCUAUGAGGAAGACCUGAGAGAGUGUGGCAUUGAUGUCAGUGAAGCCUCAGUGUACUCUGGCAUGUGCACUGAGAUCUUCAGGGAGGAAUGUGUGUUUCACCACAAGAAUGUCUACUGCUUUGUCCAUCUGAGCAUUCAGGAGUUCCUGGCAGCCAUGUUUGUGUUUCACUCUUACAUGUCAGGACAUAUGGAGGCACUGAAAUCCUUCCUCGCUAAAAAACACAGAGACAAUCAAGCUCCCCUUCCUUUGCAUAUCCUGUUGAAGAGUGCUGUGGAUAAGGCUUUAGACAGCAAGAAUGGACACUUGGACCUUUUCCUCCGCUUCCUUGUAGGCAUCUCAGUGAAGAGCAAUCAAGCCCUCCUGCAAGGCUUGUUGACAAACACACACAGCAGCUCAGAGAGCAUCAAGAAAACAUGUAGCUAUAUCAAGAUUAUUAAGAGGAGGGACCUGUCACCUGAAAGAUGCAUCAAUCUUUUUCACUGCUUAUUUGAAAUGAAUGAUCAAUCCCUACAUAAAGAUCUUCAGAAAUAUCUCAAAUCUCCAGAUGGCUUCUCGGGUGAAUUGAGACCUGCCCACUGUUCAGCACUGGCCCACAUGCUACUGACGUCUGAGGAGGUGCUGGAUGAGUUUGAUCUGAAGAAAUACAGAACAUCAGAGGAGGGAUGGAGGAGACUGGUGCCAGCUGUGAGAUGCUGCAGAAAGGCUCUACUUGCUGACUGUAAGCUAUCAAAGAAGUCCUGUGAUAUUGUGGCCUCAGCUCUGCAGUCUGCAAACUCCCCCUUAAGAGAGCUGGACCUGAGUCAGAAUGACCUGCAGGCGUCAGGAGAAAAACUGCUCUCUGCUCUACAGAGUCCAAACUGCAAACUGGAGACACUGAGACUUGUUGACUGUAAGCUAACCGAGAAGUCCUGUGAAAUUGUGGCCUCGGCUCUGCAGUCUGCAAACUCCCCCUUAAGAGAGCUGGACCUGAGUCAGAAUGACCUGCAGGCGUCAGGAGAAAAGCUGUUCUCUGCUCUACAGAGUCCAAACUGCAAACUGGAGGCACUGAGGCUUGCUGGCUGUCGACUCUAUGAGAAAUCUGGUGACAUUUUGGGCUUUGCUCUUCAGUCAGUUAACUCUCACCUGAGAGAGCUGGACCUGAGUAAGAAUACUCUGGGGGAUUGUGGUGGAAAGCUGGGCUCUGAAGCACUGAAUCCAUACUACUUGCUGAUUGUGAGCUAACAGCGAAGCCCUUGGAGAUUAUGGCCUCAGCUCUGCAGUCUGCAAACUGCCCCUUAAGAGAGCUGGACCUGAGUCAGAAUGACCUGCAGGUGUCAGGAGAAAAACUGGUCUCUGCUCUACUGAGUCCAAACUGCAAA